AUGGUAGCUACAGCGACCCUUGAUUCAUGUGCAUACUACUGCUAUGUACCAAUCAUGGCAGCCCCAGCUAUGUUCGCAGCAAUCUAUGUCCAAACAACAGCCCUACACGCAUACCAAGUAUCACGUUCUAAAAUAAAGAUUUUCAUCCCCAUUAUAGUUGGAGGUUUACUUGAAACAAUCGGUUAUGGAUGCCGCGUGGUAUCACACUUCGAAUCACCAAAUUACUCAGGCAUUCCUUUUGCCAUUCAAUACACCUGCAUCUUAGUCGCACCAACCAUCAUGGCAGCAGCAAUCUAUAUGUGCGAGUACUACGAACACGUUGUUAUAGCCGUCGGCGGAGAAUCACUCUCUACAAUCCGUCUAAGCCGCUUCCAGAAGAUCUUCCUCUUCUUCGAUUGUUUCUCAGUCAUCAUCCUCAUCGUUGGUUCUAUUCUCAGUCUCAUGACUACCAUACCCAUCAGUUGGAUCAGACUCGGCAAUCGACUUGUCACGAUGGGAUUAGGCGAACAAUUAAUCUUCCUACUCAUCUUUGUCUUCACAGUUGCGAAAUUCCAAUACAAUAUUUCAUGUCAUCCUUCCGAACGUCUUCUCGCAAUAACAUAA